AUGCGAGCACAGGCCGCCCGCUUCAUUCAGUCCGUAGGUCUGGACCCCUCGUUGAUUUGGCUUGAAUCCAAAAUAGAUCACUGCCACACCGAGAAUCGAGAUGUGACCUUCCUCUUGAUAAAAGCAUCAGCUAAGUGCUUAACAGUAACCGCAUGUCGUUCAUUUCUCUCCUCUUCAGUCCACAACUGGACGGUGGAUCACGCGGUGGAGUGGCUGAAGGAGUCCGUGGAGCUGCCGCAGUACGAGAAGCACUUCCGGGACUUCAGAGUCACGGGGAACACUUUACCUCGAAUGGCGGCAAAUGAACCGUCGUUUAUGUCGAUGCAGCUGAAGAUAUUAGACCAGCGGCAUAAACAAAAGCUCAAUCUAAAGGCACUAGACGCUGUGCUUUUCGGCCCUCCUCUACGUCCGCAACACAACUGGCUGAAAGACUUUGUCCUGAUGGUUUCCAUAGUGAUAGGUGUCGGGGGCUGCUGGUUCGCCUACGUGCAGAACAAGUCCAGCAAGGUGCACAUCUCUCAGAUGAUGAAGGAUCUGGAGAGUCUGCAAAACGCUGAGCAGAGCCUCAUGGACCUGCAGAGCCGGCUGGAGAAGGCGCAGGAGGAGAACCGGACGGUGGCCGUGGAGAAGCAGACCCUGGAGCAGAAGAUGCGAGAUGAAAUCAACGGCGCCAAGACGGAGGCUCACCGGCUGCGAGAGCUGAGGGAGGGCGCCGAGUGUGAACUCAGCCGGCUGAAAUACGCCGAGGAAGAGCUAGUACAGGUUCGAAAGGCCCUGAAGCGAGCGGAGAAGGAGAUGCACUCGGAGCGCUCGGUGCCCGAAGCUCUGCAGAAGUGGCUCCAGCUCACACACGAGGUGGAGGUCCAGUACUACAACAUCAAGAAACAGAGCGCUGAGUUCCAGCUCUCCAUCGCCAAAGAAGAGGCAGAGAAAAUCAAGAAGAAAAGAGGGUCUGUGUUUGGAACCCUCCAUGUAGCCCACAGCUCAUCACUGGAUGAGGUGGACCACAAGAUACUAGAAGCAAAGAAAUCCCUGUCGGAGGUGACGGCGUGCCUCAGGGAGCGUCUGCACCGCUGGCAGCAGAUCGAGAAGCUCUGCAACUUCCCUGUGGUCAACAACUCGGGGCUGCCCAGCCUGACGGCCAGCCUCUACUCCGACCACAGCUGGGUGGUCAUGCCCAGAGUCUCCGUGCCCCCAUACCCCAUCGCAGGAGGGGUGGACGACCUGGACGAGGACACGCCUCCCAUCAUUCCCCAGUUCACUACGGCCACGUUGAUCCGGCCCUCUCUGACCCGCAGCAGCAGCCUGUGCCGGUCCCGCCGCAGCCUGCUGAGCUCCCCCCAGUCCUCACUGAUGUCCCCGGACCCCGACCUGCUCUCCAUGGCCAGCUCGUCCCUCUCCUAUCGCUCCGAGGCCGACGACGAACAUAUCAUGUUCAGCUCGGAUAGGAGGGGGUAUGUAGCGGUGGCCGGGACGCCGCGGAAUGGCUUUACAGUUUGGACUCACAGGGACCCCUCUCAGGAGUGCUGCUCCGACACAGACUCUCUCGGCUCCUCCAUGAGCCGCAAGCAGCUGCACAACCCCUGCACGUCGGGCUCGGAGACCCCGUACCGCAAGAUCUCCCGCGAGGAGCUGCUGCUGUUCACCCAGAGGGAGAGCAUGGAGCUGCCCCACACCACUCACACCCCCAGCAGCAGCAGCAGCAGCAGCCUCAGGGACUCCACGCCUCCUCCUCCUCUGCCCCCCCCAGGCCAGCACCCCCUCCGGCUCCCCCUCCCCGGCCCUGGAGCGCCACCCGUUCCCCCACAGAGGCUCGCCAGACAUCACCCGCUCCAUCCCGGAGUCCAAGAGCAUGACCUUCUCCCAGGGGAACGCCACCUCUCCCACGGGCAAAGGAAUGUACAACGGCAUCCUGGAGAAGUCCUACAGCUACAGCCAGCUGCCCGCCAGCAUGCUGCCCAACAAGGGCCGCAACCCCUCCCUCACCUCCCUGGACUCAGGCGUGGGGCGGGAGUACAAGCUCCAGAGCACCUCCUCCCAGGACUCCAGCGACAAUGGAGAGAAAAUCAAGCGCUCCUCCUCUAAAAUCAAAAGCUUAUUUAAGAAGAAGAAAUAAAACUUGAGAUAGCGAGAGAAAGAAAUCAAAUAUAAAGAGUAGUUUUAGCCCCAAUACUAAAAAAAACAAAAAAAAUGGACAUCACUGUAAGCUAAAACAUCUUCUCUGGUAUUUUCUUCUUUUUGUCGUCAAAGAUGGAAUGUAGCUCAGUCUGGGUGCCUUAAAACGCCUCGGACUGGUAGCCUUAUUUUUCAAUAAUGCCUUUUUAUUUAGUUCACUCAUAGCCUCACAGGAAAACCUGCAAGGGCCGAGGAAAGGUCAAAGGUCACGAUAGUUGUCGUCCAGACAGCGUAAACACAUGACCUGCUCACUAUUCGUUUUGGUGUGAACCAAAAAGUGUGUAAGGGUCUAAAGGUGCAGUCCAUAUAUAAAUGUGUAUUUAGCACAGGAUGAUGUUUCUACUGGAAGUACUUUAAUCACACUUCCAGUAGCAACAGCAUCACAUUACAUGUUAGAUGCUUUUAUCCAAAGCGGCUAACAUACUCAAUACUGUGGGCAAUCCCCACAUGUGUCAUCAUCAGAAAAAAGGUCAGUUUUGAUCAUUUUUCUUUAAAAGGUUACUAACUCCUCCUCCCCGCUUAGAUUAUGGAUUGCAUCUUACAAAGUGUUUGAGUCCUAAAUUCACGUACUUGAAAAUAAAUCUUGCUAAAAGUUUGUUGCACUACUGUUUUCCUGGUAUUUUAGGAAAGCUCCGCUGCUUGCGGAGUACAUAUUGAAUAAAGUUAUAGAGAUGAGAGGAAGCCAUGGGCAGCGGCAGCACAUAACGCCAGAGCCAAAACUAUCUGACGCUUCUUCAAUGCCACUGCUCAUGGAUGUCUCAAUAUAUAUAAAUAUAUAUAUACUUUGUUUUCACAUUAUGUUCUUAUAGAUGUUUUUAAAUAGAUUUUUAUUGGCGGGGGGUUCCUACUGUAUGAACUGAUCUUUCCCAAGGAGAGUUUAUUGAAUAUGCAGAUUUAAACCGCACCAGUCUUUCCCCUAUAAUCUAUCUGUCCCUUUUUACUUGAUUAACUGUGUCCUGUAGCAAUACCAAUUUCAAUCUUUGUCUUAAAUACAUUGUCCCCCCUUUAAACUGUGGUGUCACUACCAGAUUUGUUUUGUGGUUGGAGUGCCAUAUUCAUAUUUAAGGAGAUCUGAGUGGUGCCAGGAAGUCAGUCUCCACGAUACAAAAAAAAAAA